ACUUGUUCGUUCUAUAAGUACCGCAAGUAAAUCCCUUUACACAACCUCUGGAUUUGUGCCUGUAACUAUCUCACUUCAAAGUACUUUCCCAAAACUCAUGAUGCAGUAUUUCCUCAUUUUUGUCUGGGCGGUUGCGUCUCUCCACGCUAGCACUCCCUUUGCUGUAAACGCUCAGCCAGCGCGGUCAGGAAGCACCAACACCAACAUCCUCAUUCCGGGAAAAGGCCUCCCCUCGGUCAGGUCGCUCAGCCUCACAGUUGACGACGUGUUCAACCCCAACUUCCGCACUUACUCCCACGUCACCAACGCCAACUCCACAUCUUUCUUGGCCAACCCGCGACCGAGCUGCAGCAAAAACAUUGUGGCCGAUCUUCAAGGCGUUAUGUCCUGCAAGAAUUACCUCCAUGCGGCCAUGCGACAUGCCUGCCCAGCGCUGAGUACAGGCACCAUUUUGUGCGUAGCCAAAGCUGCGGGCGCAGCCUCAAAAGUCAUUAUCAGAGGGACGUCCUUAUGCCACCACGUUGACCCGAGCAGCUGCGCAGACGUGGAAAUCGCAAUAGGCAGUAUCAUGCAUGAAUGCAAAGGGACAGCCGAUAGCCAUAGCCUGGUUGCGGGUGGGGGUGCGACGCGCAACAAAGGGUGUAUGCAGAUUGAGGUUAUAGGGGAGUCCCCUUGAGAUCCCCGUUUAAGGAGGUCCUAGCCGCACCUCUUCCUGACCACGCCACAUUGUUAUCUAUCGCAUCCGACUCCCUCACCUGUCUAGGCCACGACCUGCAAAAUGCCGGAAUGCAGGUCGUCGGCACCUGUGCCUACCCCGGGGCCUACCACCUCCAGAUCGACGAACUGCCUCGCCUCCUCCUAGAGCUAGCCAAGUAAAGCCUCUCCCUUGAGACUAUACACGGCUGGUCAAAGUCUGGUGGGACAUCAAGUACCCCAAACAGAACUGCGAC